AUGGAUAAGUUACUCAUCAAGUUACCAAAGCCAAAAGAUGGUCAACCAAGUUCUAGCUCUAAUCAACCAUUUGUGAGUUCACAAGUUGCUCCGGAAGUUCAAAGACAUACAAAUUCUUUUCUACUUUCAAAUACGGAUAAUAUGCUUAAUUUUAAAUCUCUUGAAGCAGAUCCCAAAGAUCGAAUGCCUAUUUCAUCUUAUGGUCCUAAUAUUCGAGAUGCGAUGAGGAGGUAUUACAUUCAAAAAAAGUCAUGUCAACCUGUUGAUCAUAUCUUCCCUAAAACUAAGUUUGGAGAUAAAAUGCGUCAAUUUCGACCAACUUGGUGUAAGAGAAGAUCUCAAUGGUUGGAAUAUAACAUUAAAGCAGAUGCGGCAUUUUGUUUGUGUUGUUAUUUGUUCAAGAAUGAACUUGAAAGUCGUGAAAAUACCGGAGAUUCAUUCACAAGAGAUGGUUUUAGGUGUUGGAACAAAGCUUUAGAAAGAUUCAAAAAACAUGUUGGUAAGGUAUAUAGAAUCCAUCAUAAAUGUUUCAAUAGGAUGCAAGAUUUGAUAAACCAACAGCAAUCGAUCCAAUCUUCUUUUGACAAGCAAAGUGAAAAGGCAAGAAGUGAUUAUCGGAUGCGUUUAAAUGGCUCAAUUGAUGUAGCAAGAUUUCUCUUGACAUCGGGAUUUCCAUUUCGUGGACAUGAUGAAAGUGAAGGUUCCGAAUAUAAGGGUGCUUUUCUUGAACUUUUGAAAUGGUAUGGGGAUAGAAGUUUUGAUGUGGGAAGAGUAAUAUUAGGUCUUUCCAAAAAGAAUUUGGAUGUGGAUAAUUUUUUCUAUGUUCUCACUAAUAUUUUGAAUACUAUUGGAGCUUCAUUUAAACGCAAAGAUUCACUUCGACAACAUCAAGAAGAUAAGUUGGAGGAGUUGCUUAAAUUUGGAGAAGUUCAAACAGGGCAAGGAUAUGAAAUGUGA